AUGCGAACCGAUGGUCGGAAAGUCACCGCCCUAGCUUAUGAGCUGCAUAGGUCGGUUCCGGCUGAUCAUUGGUGCGUCACCUAUUGGGACCUGCUAUUUCUGCGGCAAGAGGUCCAAUCUGCCCUUCGCUGCGGCGAGAUUCAGCCGGGGCUGGAGGACGAUGUGUCGGAGGACUAUGGGCCAAGCAUCUACACCGUGAAUGAGCAGUACAUCAAGCCAGUGACGCAGGAUGCCGGGAAGAUGAGUUGGGCUCUGAUGCGAAAUCCAGAUGGUUUGCAGUGCGACUUGUUCAUCAACCAUGCUUGGCAGGAAGGUGUCUUUGAAUUUCUGGCCAAAGUGAGGCACAGUUGGCCAAGGAGUGUGCAAACUGCUUGGUGCUGCAUGCUGGCCAACCCUCAAAACCUGGAUAUUGCCUCUUUCUUGCAGUCGCCCAAGUCGUCGCCUUUUGCAAUUGCGCUGCAGGCUUCCAAAGUUAUGUUGGUGGUGCCAAACCGGCAAGAGAGCGUCUACACUCGACUUUGGUGUGCUUAUGAGGCUUAUCUUGCCCAAGAAGAGGGAAAGACUAUUCUCAUCGCGCAUUCCUCCAAUCUCCAUCAGAUUUUAGCCGCUUUACGUGGGAUGGCUUUGGCUGCCAUCUUUGGUGCUUCUGUUGGCAUUGUGGCAACCUUACUGAACCUUGGGCAAACCUACGGAGUUCCUGCGCUGGCGUGUCUCGUGGUCGGUUCGAGCCUUGUGAUCCACGAUGAUGUCUGUCGAAGGGUCAUGCACCUUCUGGGCGAGAUACUCUGCUGGACUCAGGUGACGCACGGUUUCGUCAAUUUCUUUGAUCUCUACUCGGCAGAGGAGUACCCCGACAAAGACAAGGCCGUGCCUCACAAGGUAACACAGGUGCUACAUUUGUCCUAUUGGGUGAUGACGUCCUUGGCCUUUUGCGUCAUGGAGGUUGAUCGCAUCAAUGCGAGAUCUGCAGUGUCGGAAGCAGAGGAGUUGCGACAAGGGUACCAAGGUUCCAUUCAAUAUGCCAAAUGUUCGCAAGCAGCGGAUGCCGCCAGCAUCCGCCGAGAAAUCGGUACCCAGGUGGAUCGCGUUGACCAUGCGAUCCACGUUCUGCUGACGGCCGGCAUGUCGACCCCAGCGCUGAGGGACAUAGCCCACAGAGUGGACAUCGAACAUGCAGCAUUUGCAGAAUUUACCGGGGCAGUGUUUUUGCUGGGCCCUUUCGCAACAAUGGCAGUCACACUGUCGUUUGUGGACCUGUUCUAUGGCAGAUGUUUGUGGCAGCGUGUGGUUCUUGCUGUGAUGUCUUUGCUUUCCAGGUUGAUUCUCUUUGUUUGGCUUAGUUGGAGCCAUUGGGAUGAGCAGCGCUUCAUUCUGAAGGUCAUGAACAAGUUUCUCUGUUUGGCAAUGCUUGGCUGGCUGGGUCUGAUGUUUUGCUUUCUUGUUUUUGGCCUGAGCUUGGACAAUGUAUUUUUGACUUGGCUUCUCAUCACGGACCUUUGUCUGCUGUCCAUGCUCUUGUUUGCCUUCCUUGGGGUGAGAGGCAUUGCAAAACUUCCUUGCGGCUUCCGGAUCCUACAGAUAUGCUUUAGUAGAGGCUGCAAUGCAUGCAAUGCUCGGACAGUAUGUGCACUCUCGAAUCUAGCUGCCGAUGACGAUGAGUCGUCGGAAACGGAGUGA